AUGGACGACUGUAUAUAUAGGAAGAAGCGUGGGAUGUGCCAGCUCGAAGCUGAUGUCUCUGGCCUGAGAGCCAACAAGGAGAGACUGCAGGAAUGGAUACAUCAUAGCUGCCAGUGGGGAUCUGGCAUUAGAUGGGGAGACCAUCCUACAGAGACCGGCAUGGCCCGUCUCGCAUUGUCACAGGAGGACAAGCAGGUUCGGGACUGGUUCGUGGAGACGACCAAGUCACUCGGAUGCAAAGUCACAGUCGAUAGCAUGGGGAACAUUUUUGCCGUCAGGCCUGGCAGGAGGGCAGAUGUGCCGGCGACGUUUGUUGGCAGCCACCUGGAUACCCAGCCUACUGGCGGCAGAUAUGAUGGCAUCCUCGGUGUCUGCGCCGGCAUCGAGAUGCUGAAGGUUCUCGAGGAGAAGGGCAUUGAGACGGAAGGCGGUGUUGGUGUAGUGAACUGGACAAACGAAGAGGGAGCCCGGUUCCCCAAGAGUAUGAUAUCCGCAGGCGUCUGGGCUGAGAGCAUACCCCUGGAGAUCGCGCACUCUCUCCUUGAAGUGCCAACAGUCGCCUCACUCCCUUCCGCUGCAUCAGCCCCUGAGUCCAUGAAGUCAGCUCUGGAGAAGAUCAACUACCUGGGCUCUGUUCCCUGCUCGUACAAAUCGUCACCCAUGGCAGCCCAUUUUGAACUUCACAUCGAACAGGGACCUCACCUCGUCACUGCCGGUCAGCAUGUCGGUGUCGUCACCGGCGUACAGGCUUACCGCUGGUACCGCAUCAACGUAACGGGCCGAGAUUGCCAUACGGGUAGCACCGCCUUCCACCACCGUGCGGACGCCAUGUACGCCUCUGCCAGGAUGAUGGUACGUGCUCGUGAAAUAGCUCAUAAGCACGGCUGUCUUGCCAGCGUCGGCAUCGUCGACGUCAAGCCUGGCAGCGUCAACACCGUCCCCGGCUUCGUCAGCUUUAGCUUUGACCUCCGUGGCCCUGAAAUAGAGGAUGUAGAGGUCGCGGAUGCUGCGUUGAGGAAGGAAUUCGACGCCAUUGCUGCCGAGGAAGGGAAGGGGAUAGGCAAGCCAUGCCGUGUAGAGUGGCAGUUGGACUUUGAGACUCCGGCUACCAAGUUCGAUCCCGGUUGUAUCGAAUGUGUCACCGAGUCCGCCAGGGCGGUUGUUGCUGAUAAGCCGAACCCAGAGUCUCUGUAUAGAACUAUUCGCAGCGGAGCUGGGCAUGACAGCGUCUUCACCAACAAGAGGGUUCCCACCAGUAUGGUGUUCGUCCCGUGCAAGGACGGAGUCAGUCACCAUCCUGAAGAAUUCUCCUCAGCCGAGGAUUGCGUGAAUGGUGCCUCCGUCAUUUUACAGGCAGUUGUCAGGUAUGAUCGAAAGCGGUUCCAGUAG